AUGGGCCAGCACGGCGACGGACGCGAGCGGGUCGUCGUGAUUAACGUAGGGGGGAUCCGCCACCAGACGUACAGCAGCACCCUCCGCACCUUACCGGGGACCCGCCUGGCCUGGCUAGCCGAGCCCGACGCCCACGACCACUUCGACUACGACACCAAAGCCCAGGAGUUCUUCUUCGACCGCCACCCGGGCGUCUUCGCCCACAUCCUCAAUUACUACCGUACCGGGAAGCUGCACUGCCCGGCAGACGUGUGCGGCCCGCUGUACGAGGAGGAGCUGGCCUUCUGGGGCAUUGACGAGACGGACGUGGAGCCCUGCUGCUGGAUGACCUACCGGCAGCACCGGGAGGCCGAGGAGGCGCUGGACAGUUUCGGCGGGGGUCCCAUGGAGUCUGGCCCGGAGUGCGGGCACGGGGAGGGCGGGGAGGCCGGGGACGGGGAUGAGGAGCUGGAGAUGAAGAGGCUGGCGGUGGGGGACCCGGCGGAGGGCAAGACCGCAGGGGCCUGCUGGAGACGGUGGCAGAAACGUAUGUGGGCGCUGUUUGAGGACCCCUACUCUUCGAAAUAUGCAAGGUGGGUGGCUUUUGCCUCCCUGUUUUUCAUCCUGGUUUCUAUCACCACCUUUUGCUUGGAGACCCAUGAGGCCUUCAACCCCAUCUUCAACUUCACCGACAUGGAUCCUGUGGACAACAGCACACGCACCUACCUGGAGACCGAGACUGUGGCGUACCUCACCUACAUUGAAGGUGUCUGCGUAGUCUGGUUCACCUUUGAGUUUUUGAUGCGCGUGACUUUCUGCCCCAACAAGUUGGGGUUUGUGCGAAAUACCUUGAACAUCAUUGAUUUUGUUGCAAUUCUCCCGUUUUAUUUAGAAGUUGGGCUAAGUGGCCUUUCCUCCAAAGCAGCAAAAGAUGUCCUGGGCUUUCUCCGAGUAGUGAGAUUUGUCCGGAUCCUGCGUAUCUUUAAGCUGACUCGGCACUUUGUGGGGCUGAGGGUUUUAGGACACACACUCCGGGCCAGCACCAAUGAGUUCCUCCUACUCAUCAUCUUCCUCGCUCUUGGGGUGCUUAUUUUUGCCACCAUGAUCUACUAUGCCGAGCGAAUCAGUGCAAAGCCGAAUGAUCCACGUGCCAGUGACCACACACACUUCAAGAACAUACCCAUCGGCUUCUGGUGGGCCGUGGUCACAAUGACCACGCUGGGGUACGGGGACAUGUACCCCCAGACAUGGUCGGGAAUGCUUGUCGGUGCCCUCUGUGCCUUGGCUGGGGUGCUGACCAUCGCCAUGCCCGUGCCUGUCAUCGUCAACAACUUUGGAAUGUACUACUCCCUGGCCAUGGCUAAGCAGAAGCUACCAAAGAAGAAGAAUAAACAUAUUCCCCGCGCUCCACUUCCUGGCUCUCCCAAAUACUUCCGCUCUGGUGUCAACUCACCUCAUGGGACCUCCAACAGUGACACCUGUCCACUGGCAGCCCAGGAGGAGGCCCCUGACACCAGUAAACCAGAUCCCAAGGUGAACGGAGAAGCAGCCAAGGCGGCCCUAGCAGAUGAGGACUGUCCUCACAUCGACCAGGCCCUGUCGCCAGAGGACGGACAGGUUUUUAACCCUGUCCCAGACCACACUGACCACCCCUGCUUCCUGCUGUCUCUGGGGGCCAGGCCUGCUCACGCUGCAGCCAGGGCCAGGAAAGAUCAGAGCCGUUCAGCGUCCGCUGCACCAGACUGUCAGGUGGAUCUGAAGCUGAUUCAGAGCCGUUCAGCGUCCGCUGCACCAGACUGUCAGGUGGAUCUGAAGCUGAUUCAGAGCCUUUCAGCGUCCUCUACACCAGACUGUCAGGUGGAUCUGAAGCUGAUUCAGAGCCGUUCAGCGUCCGCUGCACCAGACUGUCAGGUGGAUCUGAAGCUGAUUCAGAGCCUUUCAGCGUCCGCUGCACCAGACUGUCAGGUGGAUCUGAAGCUGAUUCAGAGCCUUACAGCUUCAGAUCCACCAGACUGUCAGGUGGAUCUGAAGCUGAUUCAGAGCCUUUCAGCUUCAGAUCCACCAGACUGUCAGGUGGAUCUGAAGCUGUACCAUAUUCAAGCUGGGUGUGGAAGUCUUCGUAACUGCUUUGCUUUUGACAGAUCCGUGAUUAAUACUGAGGCUGAGGCGGCAACAUAG